UGCUGAAAUUAUAGGUUAAGUAAUCCACUGCAAAGUUAUGGUUAUAGCAAAUAGUCACAACAAAAAUUACGUUCCUUUAAUUGACAACGCAAACUUCUAAAUUAUAAAAACUAGACAAACCUUUUAUGGAUCUAUUCUUGUAAUUGGUACGUCUUUGUUAUUAUCCGCGUGAUAGGCGCACAGGGCGCACAACAAACCAUAACCUAUACUGAUCAGCUGCCUGCGAGCUGCUUAUUCACUUGAUCGAUUUGUUGUUGUUUAUAUUAAUGCUAAAAUACAAAUAUGCAAGUAUUCAUACCAAGCGAUUGUUAAGAUUAUUUAAAUAGGUAAACAAAUCCUAUCAUAAAAUGACUUGCUUUACCGUCAAUAAUGCGAAAAAACACAGCAAAAGUAUUUCACACAAUCGAAAAAAAAAAACGAUUGCAUACAUCCUGGCCAGUUCGUUUUUAUGUUUUUUUACAUGGAGUUUAUCUAAUUUUCAAUUAACAUUUAAUGAUACAAAAAUUAUUAUUCUCAAUAAUGAAGUUUCUCUUCUGCACUCAACAUCUAUAAAGUAUUUAUCUUUUGCAAUAGACGCAUCAUUAUUUAGAAAUAUGAACACCUUACCAAUUUUAAAUAAGGAAUUCAUCAACUUGGCUCGACAUUUGAGCCCUGCUUAUGUGAGAUUUGGAGGCACUUCUGCAGAUUGUUUAUUUUUUAACGAGUCUUUGUCGAACAAUUCUGGAAUAGCAAGGAAUCCAAUAAAUGGCGAAGAUAUCAGCAACUUUGCAAUUACAGAGAAUGAUUUUUAUUCUCUUUACGCAUUUUCAAGAGCGUCGAACUUGAGAAUGAUUUUCGACUUGAAUGUCUUAAUUCGAAAAUCUGACGGUUCUUGGAAUGAUUCCAACGCGAGGAAAAUUGUAGAAUUUGCAAAAAGUCGUGGGAUGACUUUAGACUGGCACCUUGGAAAUGAACCGAAUUCCUUUCUUUACGUAUUUAACGUAGAAGUCACCGCUCAGCAGUUAGCAAAAGAUUAUUGCGAUUUGCGAUCCUUGUUGAAUACAUCAGGGUACAAAGAUAGUAUUUUAGUCGGACCUGAAGUCAAUCAAGUUGGAGGCUCUUCUCACCAAGGAGAAACUUAUGCCAAAGAAUUUCUAAAAAACUCUAAAGAUAGUGUAGAUUACAUAACAUGGCAUCAGUAUUAUUUAAGAGGAGAAUAUGCGCAAGUUAAGGACUUUAUAAACGCUUCUGUCUUUAAUUACUUAUCGCCUUCAAUCAAAUCUAUGGAGGAGGCAGUUGAUUCAUCAGGGAACAAAAUUCCAAUGUGGCUAUCUGAAACCAGUACUGCCUAUGAUUCGGGUACACCAGGAAUUACAGAUAGAUAUGUGGCAGGAUUUUUGUGGCUGGACAAGUUGGGAUACAGCGCUAAAACAGGAGUUCAGGUUGUAAUCAGACAAUCUUUCUUUGGUGGAAAUUACGCUUUGAUUUCAUCCGAUUUGAAUCCGAAUCCUGAUUGGUGGGUCAGUGUCAUAUUUAAAGAGUUUGUAUCCAACAAAGUUUUAAAUCUGUCGAUUCCAAACAAUUCAGGAAAUUUACGACUCUACGCUCACUGCACUCCAGAGAAAGCUCUUUUGAAAAGUGACCAAGCAGUUACAAUCUUUGGAGUAAAUAUUGAUGAAAAUCCUGUGUGGAUUUCAAUACAAGCAAUCCCUGUACCUUCGACAAGUUCAAUCUUUUUUUACGGACUUACUUCAGAUAAGUUACAAUCAAGGUCGAUUCAAAUGAAUGGAGAAGUUCUAAAAUUAUUGCCGAAUGGUAACGUGCCUCCAUUUAAGCCGAUUAUUUUUAACAGUGAAGAAAUAGUGAAAAUACCAGCUUAUUCUAUGGUAUUUAUUGUUGUUCAUGACACACAAAUUCCAGAUUGCUAACAAUUAAGGAAAAUAUUUCCUCUUCCCUACUGUGAUGAAUAAUUUAAAUUUAAGUAUUUUAUAUUUUACAGUUCUAAUAUUUACACAAUAAAGACACAGAUUUGUAGAUAUGUUAUCUGGAUUUACCAUUGAUUUUAUUGAACUGAAAUAA